UUAUAGUAAAUUUGAUUAUUGAUAAUUUUUGUUUCAGAGUAAAGUUUAUUACUUUCCAAAGAAAAAUGAAAGAGGAAGAAGUAAAUAGGUGCCAGAUUCAGGAGUGGUAUCCCAGAUUUAAAUCUGAUUCCAUAAAAACAAUGAUUCAUGAACUGCCUGAAUCCUUUAUAGAGUACCUUAUUGAUGAUCAUGGUCCAUUCCUUCUCCCCCUUUCCAUUGAUGACAAUGAUGCACUGCCUAAUAGGAUCCAUAAACCUGAAGAAGAGGAAGACUUUGAAGUAUCUGAAGGGUCGGAAGAUGAAUCAGAACAACCGUCACCUCCUCCUUCUUUCCCGGAACUGGAAAUGAAGAUCAAGGAAUCUAUAAAGGCCCUUGGGGGCUCUAUCUUCCCUAAGCUUAAUUGGAGUGCACCAAAAGAUGCUGCAUGGAUCAGUUCAACUGGGAAUCUUUGUUGCAACUCUUUCAGUGAGGUUGCAAUUUUACUACGGGCAUCGGAUUCUCUAGUCCAUGAUCUGUGCCAUGUGUAUGAUUCCUGCAGUGAUAAGACUGUCUCAAGGCCCCCAAAGUUUUUCCUUGCACUUCGCAAAUGGUACUCAUCCCUGCGCCCCGAGAUGGAAUUUCGCUGCUUUGUACGCAAUGGGAUCCUUGUGGGGGUCUCUCAGCGCGAGGUGACUGGAUUUUAUCCUGCUCUUGUUGAGAAGAAAGACGAGUUGAUAACAAUAAUCCAGAGAUUUUUUAUAUAUAAGGUGAAGGGAAAUUUUGAAUCAGAAAGUUAUACUUUUGAUAUAUAUGUCACAAAUGAUGACCGGGUCAAGCUUUUGGAUUUCAAUCCUUGGGGAGCAUUUACCUUGCCUUUGCUUUUCGCCUGGGAGGAAUUGGAAGUUAAUUCGAAUGAAGAGGGAGAUCACUUGGAGUUUAGACUUGUAGAAAGCCAGUGUGGGGUUCGUCCUGGUUUGAAAACUGCUGUUCCUUAUGAUUACCUGGAUACUAGUCCAGGUAGUGGUUGGGAUGAGUUUCUUAAAAAGGCUGAUGAGGAAUUGGGACAACAGAUCAGGUCUCCUCAAGCAGGUGCUUGAUUGCUAGAUGUUCAAUGACGGUAUGAGACCUUUUUCGAGUAAUUAACCAAUAAUAUACGUGUGGUUUGUUAUAAUUGUUCUUGACGUAUGUAAACCAGAUUGAUCUUCUUAUUUAUU